GCCCAAUGCCUGCCCAUCAGCCAGAUUGCAGCUGCGUCCAUGGAUCCAGAGUGGUGCAGGGGAAGUGGUAUGGGGUCCGCUCCUACCUCCACCUCUUCUACGAGGACUGCACUGGGGCCAGCCCUGAUGGGGACAGGGGGGUGCAUCCUGCCACGGCAUCUGAGUGGCCCUGUCCCACGGGGACCCUGUUCCUGCUUGUGGGGGCCACCAUGCUGGCUGCCAGCUCCCUGGUGCCCCCAAAGCUGGAGGGGAUUGGGGAGGAGGGGUUUGUGGUGCUGGAUGUGCAGACACUGAGGUACAGCCACACACUGGGGACGUGCCGGCUGGUGGGCAUGGUGCUGUGU